UUCAGCUUUAAUGCUUGGCACAGUGCACUUGUGGAGUAUCUGAGUGUAUAUUUUCAUAUCCUGUUUUUGAUAAAAAGUAUAGAACUACAAUGUUGGAAUUCAUGUUUGAAACAGCAAGCAAGCUCUUUAUCCUGGUUCUGGUCACAAAUGCAGCACUCCCUAGGGUUUCUGAAAAAGAAGUCAACAAAGGAUUUUCUCAACCCAAGUACGUUUUGAUCUAUCGUACCAAUAUGGAUCAUCUGGAAUCAUUACACACAACAAACAAGAUUGUUCCCAUCGAUAAAAAUCAUAGUCAAAAUCAAUUCUGCUUGAACACCAACACUUCAACAAGAAGACAAUUAUUGAUGUACGAAGCCAGUGAUUUUCAGGUUAAUGUCAGCAAAAUUGAAGUUAAUGUUUUGGACUCUAUAACACUGAAAGUGAUCAUGAAUGUUUCUGGGAAUAUAUCUUGCCAUUGGACCUUUAAGAACAUCACAACUCCGUGUAAUGUGAAUUAUUGCACCCUACACAGUCAAAUCAUUACUUUAAUAGUUUCUCGAGUCACUGAAAGGCACGCAGGAAUAUACCACCUCACUACUGAAGGCACAAACACAAUUAACUUUCCAAUUUUUGUAAGAGCAAAACCCAGGAAACCAAAAAUUAUAAUGGAAAAAGAGGGAAAAAUAUUGGAAUGCACAGCAGAAAGUUACCCAUCUUCUUCACUUAUUUGGAGUUCCAGUUCUACAAGCUCUUCAGAAAUACCAUACAUAAAUCAUAAUAAAUCAAUCGUAAGCUUUGGAGUGACAAGAAUUAGGAAAAAGAUUUCCAUAAGGCAGUGUAUUCAUAAUCACAUAUCUUGCUGUGCAAGCAAUAUUCAUGGAACAGAGUGUUCAAGUCUUUACACUCAAGAUCUUGAUAGAUCAAACAAAGAAAGCUCAGUUUUGAAUGUUUUUCUGAAAGUUGGUGAUCCAUUUCUGGUGCGAUGUAUUGCUUCAUAUGAAACAUACAAAUUCAGAAUAGGUUGGAUUACUAACACAAAUGCAGGAAAUACAACAGAGGUCCUGGACGUUGAAGAAUCAUUUGUAUCAAGCAGGCACACAAGGAUCAGAUUCCUGUUUAUUACUUCAGUACAACUGGAAAAUAGCGGAUUAUAUACAUGUACUUCUACAAAACAUUCACAUAAAACAGUGAAAUUAACAGUCAUUGAGAAAGGAUUUAUAAAUUCAUCAAUAACAAACAAUGUUCAUACAAUUGGUGAAGCAGAGAACUUUUGUUUUGAAGUUAGAUUGAAGGCAUACCCACUUGUAAGGUGCCAGUGGUAUUUCUCCCACAAAGGAUUCCCCAGCUUGCUUAAAAAGAUAUCUGGAAACAGUUAUUCUGCAUCAUUUUGUGAUCAUGGUCAUAAACCAGGAAUCUAUGAAUUCUUUGCAGAAAAUGAGGAGGCAGAAUUUCGGACAUUUUUUACUUUAUAUAUAAAAAAAAAACCAUCUCUUGAACUUUCAUCAGGAAAAAAUAAUAUUUUCUGCAACUCCACAAGCUAUCCAUUAGCCACAGUGAGUUGGAAAAAAUGCAAUGAAAAAUCCUGCGCUGGAAGUGAAAAUAUAACUGAGGGCAUUCAGACAAUGGAGUUAGAUGGAAAAAUAUUUGGGUCCAAAAGUAUACUGAGUGUACUGGAUCCAACGGUCAUGACGGGUGGGUUUUCAAUAGAGUGCUGUGCAGAGAAUGCUGUAGGCUCAAUCUGCAAAAGAAGCUAUCUUCCAGAGCAAGAUAAAAUGCGGUUUUCAAAGACUAUUUUCUACACGACAAUUGGAAUUUUUGGUCUAGUUACAAUCCUGUUUUUUGCUUUCAUAGUCCCUAAAUAUAAAAAGCAACCUGGUUAUGAACGGCAGCUCCUCAUGAUACAGGUUAUUGGAUCCUCUGAAAACGAUUAUGUUUAUGUUGAUUUUACCAACACUGAUUAUGAUCCGAAGUGGGAAUUUCCUCGUGAAAACUUGGAACUGGGGAAUGUACUUGGUUCUGGUGCAUUUGGAAAAGUCAUGGAAGCCAUGGCGUACGGAAUCAAUAAAGCAGAUGUCCCCGUCCAGGUUGCUAUCAAAAUGUUGAAGGAAAAAUAUGAGCCUUCUGAAAAAGAUGCCUUGAUGUCUGAACUGAAAAUGAUGAUUCACAUGGGGCGCCAUGAAAACAUUGUCAACCUUUUAGGUGCUUGUACUAUUUCUGGUCCAGUAUACCUAAUCUUUGAAUAUUGUUGCUAUGGAGACCUUCUUAAUUACUUAAGAAAUAACCGGGAGAAUUUUCAUAAGACAUGGACUGACGUCUUUGCACAUAACAACUUUAGCUUCUAUCAUAAUCUUUACAAUGAUCAGCAAUUCAGCAAUAAAGCUAGAAAUGUGGUGCAAAAUCAAUCUUAUGAGCCCAUGAAUAGAGAAUCCAAUACUGGCAUGUUGUCACAAAAAUCUGAUUGUGAUUUACUAUUCCAUGAGGAUGAACUAACAUGCCCAUUAAAUACAGAUGUUGACUAUCGGAAUGCCAGGAGAUAUGAAGAUGAAGAUUUGCACGUUCUUACUUUUGAGGAUCUCCUGAGCUUUUCAUAUCAAGUUGCUAAAGGGAUGGAAUUCCUGACUUCACGAAGUUGUAUUCACAGAGAUCUGGCGGCAAGGAAUGUGUUAGUUACCCAUGGGAAAGUAGCAAAAAUAUGUGAUUUUGGAUUGGCCAGGGACAUCAUGCAAGAUUCUAAUUACGUUGUCAGAGGCAAUGCACGACUGCCUGUCAAGUGGAUGGCGCCUGAAAGCUUAUUUGAAGGCAGUUACACAACUCGUAGUGAUGUCUGGUCAUAUGGAAUCUUAUUAUGGGAAAUAUUUUCACUUGGUGUCAAUCCAUAUCCUGGAAUCCAAGUUGAUUCUAACUUCUACAAGCUAAUCCAAAGCGGGUUUAAGAUGGAGCAGCCAUUUUAUGCUACUGAAGAGAUAUACAGUGUGAUACAAUCAUGCUGGGCUCUUGAUCCAGGAAAACGACUUGCAUUUUCAGACCUAGUUUCUAUUUUUGAAAAGCAACUUGCGGAUGCUGAAGUAGCUCUUUAUCACAACGUAAAAGUGUGCAAAUACAAUUCACACUAUAAAAACCUCCCUGUUAGUUCUAUGGAGUGCACCAGCAUCCAUUCUGCCACAUCAUCACUGAAGGAAAGUACUCCAAUGAAUGAAGAUGUGCAAAUGUAAU